CGAGCCAUCUGCGGCCACGUGGGCCGUUUCCUCUCCAGCUUUACGUUUCUGCCUCGUUUUGCUCAAUUUUGCAGGCAGCCAUGAGUUUGGAGGCCAUCCGCUACCGCAGGGGUUCCCUGCAGAUCCUCAACCAGCUCCUGCUGCCCCAGCAGAGCGUCUAUGAAGACAUUGGCAGCGUUGGACAGGGCUGGGAGGCCAUCCGGGCUAUGAAGGUAAGAGGCGCUCCAGCCAUUGCCAUUGUAGGUUGUCUGAGUCUGGCAGUGGAGCUGCACAGUAAAAGAAAUGCAGAAAUGCAGAGUGUCAGCAAGCUGGAGAAUUUUGUGUUAAACACGCUAGACUACCUAGUGAGUGCUCGACCUACAGCUGUCAACAUGGCCCGGGCAGCUCAGGAACUGGGCUGCUUUGUUCGUCAGGAGGCCAAGUGGGAAGGGGCUACUGCUGAGAGUUUGAAAGAAAGUGUGAUCAACUGGGCAGAAGCCAUGUUGGAUAAAGACCUGAAAGACAACAGAAGCAUCGGAGAACAUGGGGCACGCCACCUCUUACAGCAAGUAGGACAGGACAAGGUGGUGGUCCUGACUCACUGUAACACAGGCUCACUGGCCACUGCUGGCUAUGGCACUGCACUAGGCAUUAUUCGUUCCCUGCAUGCCAUGGGCCAUCUGGAGCAUGUCUAUUGUACUGAGACGCGGCCAUAUAAUCAGGGAGCCCGCCUGACUGCCUAUGAGUUAGUGUAUGAACAGAUCCCUGCCACGCUCAUUGCUGACAGCAUGGCAUCUGUGACCAUGAAGGAGAAAAAGGUGUCAGCUGUGUUUGUCGGAGCAGACAGAGUUGUUGCCAAUGGAGACACUGCCAACAAAGUGGGGACCUAUCAACUGGCUAUUGCCGCAAAGCACCAUGGGAUUCCUUUCUAUGUGGCCGCCCCCCGAACCUCAUGUGACAUGAACUUGCAACAUGGAGGACAAAUUGCUAUUGAGGAAAGGCCAAGCCAGGAGCUGACCGAUAUCAACGGAGUACGAAUUGCAGCCCCAGGUAUUGGUGUCUGGAAUCCAGCCUUUGAUGUCACCCCUCACAAUCUGAUUACUGGAGGCAUUGUCACUGAAUUUGGUGUUUUCACUCCUGCUGAACUUCAAGCAGCACUAACACAGGCAGAGUGCCAAGUUUGAAGGUGAUGAGCUCAGCUAUUUUUGGACUGGCUAGUCAAGAGUGUGCAUCAAGCAGACUUUCAUCCCUCCAUUCUAGAGGAACCAACAUUAAAAGUUAAUAGAACGUUCUGUUCACCAGUCCUCUGCCACUGUAUUUGUGCAUUGUAGUGAAUACCCAUUACCUUACCCAAGACCUGGAGUUAAAUGAUUAUUGGAACUGACUGAAUAAAGACAGCUGGUGUAUGUGUGUGGGAGAGAGAAGAAGGCUAUAUAACUAACAUCCGUCUGAUGUUCUUGCAUUUGGGUUGUGGCAGGUUAUCCCUUGGUAUAAUUCUGGCUUUGUUCAUCUGUUUCCUUACUAGAUCAAAUUGUUAUUGCAAUUCUAAGAAUGUCUGUUGUAGAUCCUGCUACAAAAUAGGUUGCUAGUGUUUUCCACAUAAUUUCUUCUCUUGUUUGAGGAGCUGAUGAAGCAUAGUAGCAAAGAUUAGGGAGGUCCACAGUUCAAAUGUCACCUCUGCCCCAAACUCACUUAUUGGCCCCUCUCAUGCCCAUUGGGGCACAGGGAAAAUAAUAGCAGCCUGCUUUAAUUUUUCAAUAGUGCAUGAAGAUACUUUAUGCUGAGUCAGGCACAGCAAGUAUUGUGAACUCUGAUGAGCAGUGGCUUUCUCAGACCGAGGUCUUCUACAUCAUCUCUACUACCUGAUCUUUUUAAUUGGAGGGGUUUAAAUGUGGGGUCUUCUACAUGACAAGCAGCUGCUUUGAUUCUGAGCUAUGGCCCACUUUACUUUCACUGAAAGUGAAAUUAAUGCAUAGUGAGUUUUUUACACUACACCACGAUUAAAAAAGAAUUACUUUGACCUUCAUAUGAAUGCUUGAUUUUCAGAUUUUUAAAUGAGAAGUGGGGAUUACACAUAAAGACUAGAAAUGUGAGGUGUAAACCUUUCUCCUGUUGAUUGCUUACCUUUGAAGUAAGAAUGAAAGAACUGGUUUGCUGGACCAUACCAGAUAUGCAAGUAAUCCAUCACUUUGCUUUCAGUAGUAACCAGCCAUCUGGGAUCUUCACAAACAGGAUACGUUGAAGAUGGCACAUCAAAAAACAAAUCAAGGUGGCUAAGCAGUGAGAAAUUGGCUUUGACUAUCAGGAUGCAUAAUUUUGCAUUAUUUGUUCAUAAAAUACCCCCAGCCCCCAUUGAUCCUUUGGUUAAAGGAAAUAUUUAUGGUAUUUCUAUAAAUCAUGUGAAGGCAAAACCUUUCCAUCCAAAAUAGCUACAUAUUGAUUAAAGUGCAUUGUAUUGAUUGCAAAGGCUGUAGAUGACUUUGUUCACAUUUUACCAAAUUGUUCCUAAUCACAUUCUGAGUUGUCUUGUGCUUUGACUGGGCUUCAGUCUUACAGUAGCAAGAACUGGGGUUCUGUGUAACCGCAUCCUUUGCAGUUGACAGGAAACCUCAUCUUCCUAUUUCAGUCUUGAAUGUAUUCCAUGGAAGUUAGUCCUAGUCAUUAUAACAUUGAAAAUUAACAAGAUCUUUACAAUUUUGUAAUGCAACUGGCUGAAUCAAUUUAAUGCUGAACAGUUUGAAAUGUUAAGGGAAAAAAUAAAGUGAGUUGGGUCCAACAGAUUUUUUUUUCUGGUGGUGAAAAAAGCAGGAGCCAUCCUAUCUGGCCACCAAAAUGGCUGCGCUGGGGAUCAUGGGAACGGCCUUGACAAAUGCCACAUGGAAUGAAGAUGGUGGUAAGGAAGGGAAUUGGGUGAGACUGAGUGAGAAAGUUGACUGGGUUCAACAAAGUAUAUGAUCCAUGAAACCUUGCUCUGAGUCAAUUGAACUGUUAAUGGCAGUGGAAUUACAUGCCCUCGCCAGCUGCAGUGUUCAGUGCCUUCAGUUUGGAACUGAAAAAUAAAGGUUGAAACAGAAAUUAAA